AUGGACUCACAAACGGGGCCGUCACGGCCCUCUGAGCCCGUCACUUCGCCACCACGGAGGAGCACAGAUCAGCGAUCGGCGGCAACUCCUACACUCACCCACAAGACAUCGAUGGUCGGCACUACAGACACAUUUGCAUCCGCAACAGACGGCGAGGGCGAAUACACUGACGCAGCCGCAGAUGUGAGCGCAUGUCAUGCCGACGAUGCGCAAAGCCGCUUCGAGAGGGUACCGCAAAAGAUCCAUGCACAUGUUCACGAACGUGAUGACCAUACAGCGUUAUCUCGAACAUCUUCAGCCCAGACAGCUCAACGACAACACACGGCAACAACUGAUCAGCUACACGCCACGGCUUGGGCAAAUGGCGUCGUAGCGCCACAGGAAUCAGUAGGCGCGCAGCUCGCAUCAUCCUCAACCUCUGACUCAAACACGCAACAGCAUUCAGCGGUCGAAGAAGCGGGCAAGCAGAUCGAGCGAGGCCAUCUUCCCACACCAACACUUCAUCGAGCUAUGCGGCACUGUGCUAUUCUUGGCCUGCUCACAUUUGCUGCAAUCUGGGGAACUCUAGCGCGCGAAGGUCUUGUCGCCCUCAACACUUACGACGGCGAAAGCGUCGCAUCUCUCGUCUGGGCUCAAGCUGUUGGCUGUCUCUUCAUGGGUCUUGCGAUCGGGACAAACAGGCAAACGAUCGAAGGUCGAUAUCCCCCUGCAUACAUCAUGAUCACAACUGGCUUCUGUGGGAGCGUCACGACCUUCUCCAAGUGGAUACUUGAUGUGUUCCGUGCGUUCGGCAACCAGCGUCACUUUGAUCGACACGGACUGCAUAACGUGAUGGAUGCACUGUCACAGACAGGUGUCACGUUCGGCAUGGCUAUUGUUAGUGUUGCUGCCGGAGUGUCCUUGUCGAGACUCGUCAAUCUCGAACUCCUCGUCGCUGCGUACUCGUCGCGAACUAAGUCAAGGUCACAGCUACCGCAGGCGAGUCAACCUCAGCAUGCUCCGACUGCAGACAAGGGUAAGGCCAGCAAAGCUGAUCCGGGAAACACUCUUGUCCUCGACGCAUCGAUGUUCUCCCUUGGCAUUCUCGUUUGGAUAGCCUCUGCUAUACUCUGCGCUCUCUACGCUUCAUCCCGACGUGUCACCUUCAGUCUCGUCCUUGCCCCAUCUGGUGCCAUCCUCCGUUGGUAUCUCUCGCGCUUCAACACCCACCGCAUCUCUCAACGCUAUUCUCUCCCUCUCGGGACACUAGUUGCUAACCUUUUCGCGACCGCUGUGAUUUGCGCAGCUUUCACUGCAUCACGCGCUGGUUCCGUGCCACGCUCGUUUGCAGGUGGCUUGACAGGCUGCGAGGCACUGCUGGGUCUCGAAGAUGGCUUCUGCGGCUGCUUGUCGACUGUCAGCACGUUUGCGGUGGAGUUGCGAACGAUAAAGCCACGCAGAAAAGCUGUUAGGUAUGCAGUGAUUUCCUGGGUUGCGGGUAUACUGCUAUGCGUGCUACUUAUCGGCGCUCCCUGGUGGAGCAUCGGAACGGACGGGAGGUGCUUAGGGCUUACUUCAUGA